AUGAAAUUACCCAGUUGGCUUUAUGCGGAUGAUUUAGUUGAAGGUUUAUCUGGACGUGAAGCAUUUCUAAAAAAUGAAGAUCUGAACCCAGUUGAACGUAAACGACGUCUAUGGGGACCAUGGAAUUUUGUUGCAUUUUGGCUAGCUGAUUCGAUUAAUGUUAAUACAUGGAUGAUUAUUUCAACUAUGGUUAUUGGCGGUUUAGCUUGGUGGGAAGCAUGGCUCUGCGCUUGGAUUGGUUAUACAUUUUCGGCUGUUUUCAUUUGUUUAUCUGGAAGAAUUGGUGCAACAUAUCAUAUCUCAUUUCCAAUUGUUAGUCGAUCUUCUUUUGGCUUAUUUGGAUCAUUAUGGCCUGUUUUUAAUCGAAGUUUUAUGGCAUGUAUCUGGUAUGGUGUUCAAGCAUGGUUAGGCGGAGAAUGUGUUGUACUCAUCUUACGAUCUAUUUGCCCUUCAUAUGGAACAUUAUCGAAUACUCUACCGGCGUCAUUUGGUACGAAUACACGAGAUUUCAUUGGUUUCAUUAUUUUUUGGACACUUUCAUUGAUCGCCAUCUGGUUUCCUGUACAAAAAAUAAGAAUUCUCUUUACUGUUAAAUCGGUUGUUGUACCUAUUGCAGCCGUAGUAUUCUUUAUUUGGACCUUAGUAAAAGCAAAAGGUCUUGGUCCUGUUAUUCAUCAACCUGGUACACUCAAAGGUAGUCUUCAUGCUUGGGCAUGGAUGAGUGGAAUUAUGAGUUGUAUUUCAAAUUUUGCUACACUCAUAGUUAAUAAUCCAGAUUAUACUCGUUUUGCUACACGUCCAUCAGCUGUUAUUUGGCCACAAUUACUUACCAUUCCGAUUGGUUUUUCAAUUACAUGUUUCAUCGGCAUAAUCGUCGGUUCAUCGUCGAAUGUAAUCUUUGGUCAACCUAUUUGGAAUCCACUAGAGCUUUUAGGUGAAUUUCUCGACUCUCAACCAUCAAUUGGAACACGUAUUGGUGUCUUCUUUAUCUCAUUAGCAUUUGCACUAGCUCAACUAGGUGUUAAUAUUGCAGCAAAUUCUGUAUCAGCUGGAUCUGAUUUAACAGCACUUUUACCGAAAUUUCUCAACAUUAGACGAUCUGGUUAUAUCUGUGCUGUAGUUGGUUUAAUUAUUUGUCCUUGGAAUCUUCUUGCCAGUUCUUCAACAUUUACAAGUUAUUUAUCUGCAUACUCUACUUUUCUUUCAUCGGUUGUUGGUGUUAUGAUAUCCGACUAUUAUUUUGUACGAAAAGGUUAUCUUAAUAUUAACGAACUCUAUUCAGGAUCAAAACAAGGCAUCUAUUAUUAUACAUUAGGUGUGAAUUGGCGAGCAUACGUUGCAUAUAUUGCAGGAAUUCUUGUUAAUGUAGUCGGAUUUGCUGGUGAACUAGGCGCGAAUAUUUCAAUUGCAGCACAUAAUAUGUAUCAUUUAAAUUUCUAUCUUGGAUUUAUUGCUUCUGCACUAUUAUACUACGUAUUAUGCAAAAUAAGUCCAGUGCCAGCAUGUGGUCAAAAAUGGCCAAGUGAAAUUAUUGAUGACGACGAUAAAGAAAUCAUACUUGAUACUAUAACCAUCAAUAAAAAAGAACAGAAUGAUGAUAUUAAAUUAUAA